CUCCGCGCUUCGCCUUUGCCUGCUUGGUUGCUCCUCUAAUCGUUGCCUGAUUCCCUCACUGCUUUCAGAUUUGCAUGCAUCGGAAGGAGUUAUUGCAGUGGAGGUUGAGCUUGCUGAAGCUUUGAAGGCAAAGACCAAACCAAACAUCAUCUGCAGGCCCUAUAUGUGUAAUGCUAAAAUCAGUCCCUGAUCAGAGGAGCAAUGAACUCAAUAUGAUCGCCUCGCUUCAUAAUCCUCACCUAGCUCACAUCCCCAUUGUCGUCACUCCCAGCAACGAGUGCCAACAUCCGAGCGAAAAUUGCCUAUGCCCGAGCUGCAAGCAAGUGUUCUGUAGCCAAUUCAUGAACAAACACAUGGGGGAGCAUCAUCAAAGGAUGAAUCGGACCAUAGUGCUUAGCUUUACUGAUUUAUUAGUGUGGUGUUUCUCUUGCGAUGCAUAUUUCGAUGUACCGGCCAUUCAAGCGUUGCAUGUUGCUCAUUUA